AUGCUCAACCAGCGACUGAUGGUUACUCGCGAUCUCGCGGCCUUGUGUCGUGUACCAGACGGCCAGACUAGAGAGUGCCGCAUGUACGACCAGGAGGCGUUCAGAAAUUCCUUCACCCCAAAGAAUGUGGUAGAUUCCUGCGAACUCUACUUUGUUUGCUGGAGUCCACAUUGCCCGAUUCUACAUCUCUCUACCUUUGAUGUUGCUAAGGUUCACCCACCUCUGUUGCUUGCAGUCUUUCUGAUCGGUCUGGCUUACUCCUCGGAGCUUGAGGCUUCCCUGGCUCGAGCUUACUAUGAUCUCGCCGAGGACUAUGCUUUCAAUCAUCCAGAUUUCAGGACGCUGUUGCAAAACGACUUGCCCUCCUGGCGGCCACCUUUUACAUCACUGGAGCCUCUUCAGGCCGCGUAUUUAAUGGUGCUUGUACAGAUGUGCACCAACAACACCGUCUCUCGACGGCGAGUUAGGAGCUCGAGAUACAACGAUGUAAUUCGGGCAGCUCGGGGCUUGAAGCUCUUCGACAGUAAGAAUGAAUAUUUGGAUUUGGAACCAAGAGAGUGGGUUGAGUUUGACUGGCACGGAUUUGUGGCAAAAGAGUCAAGGAUAAGAGUCGCAUACCUCAUCUUUGGUAUCGAAAGCAACUUUGCCAUGUUCCACGCGCAUUACCCUCGACUGGCUAUCUCGGAAAUGACCGGCGAUCCCAUGUGCAGAGAAAGCUGUUUUUCUGCCACCACUAGUGCUGCAUGCGAGCAACACACAAAGCAGGAAAUGAGAGCCAACGCUCUGUCACUCUCUGCGUGCUUGCAUUGUACUAUCCAUGCCUCGCGUGCAAGUGGAACAGGGAGAAUACUCUAUCCCGCCAUGACGAGAGCUCUUGACCGUUGGAUAAGAAUAUGGAAAUCGCAGAUCAGCAUUUUUCCUCUCGAAGAGUGGAAGAAGAUUGGGUUCAUGCAGGACGCCGGGCCUGAAUUUUGGCAGCUAGCAUAUAUGUUUGUGGAAGCUGAGAUUCGCGGUCUGCUCAACACAGAGCUACUGCGCAGUAUGGACGAGGAUAAGAUGGAGAACGUCUGCCAUUUACUGGAGACGUUCUGUCGAGCUUCCUGGGAUGAGGCGAGGAGACCUGGGCAUCGUGGUUACCGAGAUCCUACCACAAGACACCUACUGGAUAGCAAUGAGUUCUAG